AUGGCCAUAAGGCAUUUCAGGCGAAAGCCUCCUUCUGAAGAAAUCUCUGACGAAUCUUCAGACUCGUCAAGCGAUGAGCAGAGCACCAGCGCGCAGGUGCCGCUUGAUGCCGCUGCCUCCAGAGAUGCAGCCCAAGACACCGAGCCCACGACGCACCUACUGGCAGCAACACCGCGACCUGCCGCUAGCCCUCAGAAGCCUGCGCUUUCCGAGACAGCGGUCGAAACAACGAUCAAGACAGCGGGCUCGCGAGACGCGCUUCCUCCAAGCGUCGCUGGCCGUAGCGCUGCCGACCCUUCCAACCACAGCGCAUCCGCCUCCUCUGAAGAAAGUGCCAGUGCCAGCGAUAGCGACGGUUCUGAAGACUCCUCCAGCGACUCGGACAGUCAGGAUUACGCCCUUCCCAAGCCUGUCUUUGUAAAGAACCUCCGGAAGCGCACAGACCCCGCUACGACUGCGCAGAACGAGAGCUACAGACGCGAGGCUGCUGCCACACGCAUCCAGCAGGAGAAAUCCAGACUUGCUCGCGACCAGCAGCUUCCCAGGGCAUCGGCAUUGCACGGCACCGACCGGGAACUCACACAAGCGAUUCUCGAACUCGACGACGACGACACCAAGGACCCUUCGCAGGAACACGAAGCAUGGCAGCGAAGGCAAGAAGCGAGGGCGCUCAGGACCCGCCAGGCCCUCGAGCAGAAACAAAAAGAGCUGGAGGAGCGCGAAGCAGCGAGACUCGCAAGCUCUCUCAACGACAACGACGGCUUCGCUACGAGCACCGUCACUAAUUCUACAAAAACAAGCACAUUAGACUCCCGAAGCGUCAGGAGCGCCUCUGCGAACGACGCUUCGGGCCUCGCGCACCCCCAUCAAAGAAAGCGCACUUCAAAGGCUGAGAUGUCGUCCUCUAAAGCACACAAGAAAUACAGACCACAGUCCUUGAAGGGCUCGGACAUUACGCUACCAUCGUUAGAUCCUAGCCAGCAAAGCCGCGAGGACAACGAGUACUCUGUCAUCUAA